GCCGUGGGGGCGGGGCCGGCCGCGGCGGCUCCCGGGGCGGCCGCAGCUGGGGGCGGAGCCGCCGCCGCCUCACCGUGGUAACCGCAGCGCCGCGCCCCGCCUCUGCAGGCCUCGGGACUGUCACGGCCUCGGGGCGUGGGCACGGCCCCCCGCCCUCGACAGAGCCCCUCGGGCCUCUCUCUGCACCGCCCCCAGCCCCCCGCCCCGCCGCCGCCGCUAUGCAAGGGGAGGACGCCCGGUACCUGAAAAGGAAGGUGAAGGGAGGAAAUAUCGAUGUCCACCCAUCGGAGAAAGCACUCAUUGUCCAGUAUGAAGUGGAAGCGACCAUUCUCGGAGAGACGGGGGACCCCAUGCUGGGCGAGCGAAAAGAAUGUCAGAAAAUCAUUCGUCUGAAAAGCCUCAAUGCCAACACAGACAUCACCUCCCUGGCCCGGAAAGUGGUCGAGGAAUGUAAACUCAUCCACCCCUCCAAGCUGAACGAGGUGGAGCAGCUACUGUACUACCUGCAGAACCGCCGCGAUUCGCUGUCAGGGAAAGAGAAGAAAGAAAAAUCCAGUAAGCCCAAAGACCCACCGCCUUUUGAAGGAAUGGAGAUUGACGAGGUGGCGAACAUUAAUGACAUGGAUGAAUACAUCGAGUUACUCUACGAAGAUAUUCCGGACAAGGUUCGGGGCUCGGCUCUGAUUCUCCAGCUGGCCCGAAACCCUGAUAACUUGGAGGAACUUCUAUUGAAUGAAACUGCCCUGGGCGCGUUGGCAAGAGUCCUGAGGGAGGACUGGAAGCAGAGUGUCGAGCUGGCCACCAACAUCAUUUAUAUCUUCUUCUGCUUCUCCAGCUUUUCUCAGUUUCAUGGGCUUAUCACUCACUACAAAAUCGGAGCUCUGUGCAUGAAUAUCAUUGAUCAUGAAUUAAAAAGACACGAACUUUGGCAAGAAGAACUUUCAAAGAAGAAGAAAGCUGUUGACGAUGAUCCUGACAGCCAAACCUUAAGAAAGGAUUAUGAAAAAACUUUCAAAAAGUACCAGGGGCUGGUGGUAAAACAGGAACAACUCUUACGAGUGGCUCUGUAUUUGCUUCUGAACCUGGCCGAGGACACGCGGACGGAAUUGAAGAUGAGGAACAAGAACAUCGUCCACAUGCUGGUGAAGGCUCUCGACCGGGAGAACUUUGAGCUGCUCAUCCUCGUCGUGUCGUUCCUGAAGAAACUCAGCAUUUUUAUGGAGAAUAAGAAUGAUAUGGUGGAAAUGGACAUCGUGGAGAAACUGGUUAAAAUGAUUCCGUGUGAGCACGAAGAUCUACUGAACAUCACCCUCCGACUUCUCCUCAACCUUUCCUUUGACACGGGGCUGAGGAACAAGAUGGUGCAAGUCGGACUGCUCCCCAAACUCACUGCGCUCCUAGGCAAUGAGAACUAUAAGCAAAUCGCCAUGUGUGUCCUGUACCACAUCAGCAUGGAUGACCGCUUCAAGUCGAUGUUCGCUUACACGGACUGCAUUCCCCAGCUUAUGAAGAUGCUUUUCGAGUGUUCAGACGAGCGAAUCGACUUGGAACUCAUUUCCUUCUGCAUCAAUCUUGCUGCUAACAAGAGAAACGUGCAGCUCAUCUGUGAAGGAAAUGGGCUCCGGAUGCUCAUGAAGAGAGCCCUGAAAUUCAAGGACCCGCUGCUGAUGAAAAUGAUCAGGAACGUUUCGCAGCACGAUGGACCCACUAAAAAUUUAUUCAUUGAUUAUGUUGGGGACCUGGCCGCCCAGAUCUCCAAUGAUGAAGAGGAAGAGUUUGUGAUCGAGUGUCUGGGAACGCUGGCCAACCUGACCAUCCCCGACCUGGACUGGGAGUUGGUUCUUAAGGAGUACAAGCUGGUCCCGUACCUCAAGGAUAAACUCAAACCAGGCGCGGCUGAGGAUGACCUGGUGCUGGAGGUGGUGAUCAUGAUCGGGACCGUGUCCAUGGACGACUCCUGCGCCGCCCUGCUGGCCAAGUCUGGGAUCAUCCCCGCACUCAUCGAACUGCUCAACGCUCAACAAGAAGAUGAUGAAUUUGUGUGCCAGAUAAUUUAUGUCUUCUACCAGAUGGUUUUCCACCAGGCCACGAGAGAUGUCAUCAUCAAGGAGACUCAGGCUCCAGCAUAUCUCAUAGAUCUGAUGCAUGAUAAAAACAAUGAAAUCCGGAAGGUCUGUGACAAUACGUUAGACAUUAUAGCGGAAUACGACGAGGAGUGGGCCAAGAAGAUCCAGAGCGAGAAGUUUCGCUGGCACAACUCCCAGUGGCUGGAGAUGGUGGAGUCCCGCCAGAUGGACGAGAACGAGCAGUACCUGUACGGCGACGACCGCAUCGAGCCCUACAUCCACGAGGGCGACAUCCUUGAGAGGCCGGACCUCUUCUACAGCUCAGAUGGACUCAUCGCCUCCGAAGGGGCCGUCAGUCCAGAUUUCUUCAACGACUAUCACCUCCAGAACGGAGACGGAGUCAGCCAGCACCCUUUUCCCGGCAGCCUCGGAGUGGACGGCUUCGGCCCCCCAGUGGGCACCCUGGGCCGCCCGGCCACCGCCUACGGCUUCCGGCCUGAUGAAUCCUUCUACUUCGGCUUCGGGCCCCGAUAAAGCCCCCCCAGACCC